UGUGGCUCGACUCCGAGGAGCAUGUCUGUGAUGUCUGUCGGUACGUUCGUCGAUUCUACUCUGUUUUGCUUUCUGUUGUCCAAAAAACGAAGGGUGUAAGCGUGUAAGUCGUCCAAAAAACCACGAAGCGUGUAGGAGCUUGGUGAAAACGAAGUGUGUAAGUGUUUACUCCCCACGCUUUCCGAAGUCUUGUUUUAAGACUUGAAUCAUAGCUACCCUGACAACCAAAACCACGACAACUUCUCCGCGAGAUGGCCUCAAGAAUGAAGAAGAUCGCGUGCGGUGCUUUCACCGCGAUGGGAUCCGUAACCGGCAACGCGAUGACAGUGACACAGUCCUGCGCCAUCCAGUCCAUUCACAAUGGGGCUGGGUGCGGUGACGGUGCCGAGUGUCUCAAUUACCAUGCCGGCUGCUACAACAAGGGAGCGAAUGAUGUCGUCGACGGGACUGUUGAUAGACCGAACAUCUGCGCGCCGGCCUGCAUCUCCGCGUCGCGGGCCUGGAAGGCGAAGCCGGAGUGUGCAGGUAGCGGGGUCGCGCAAAUGCCGCUCCUGGACCCUGCCCUCUGCGCGUCCUCCGCCGCCCCGCAGAACGCGUGGACCGCCGCGACAGCCGCCGUCCUCGCCGCCGGAACGGUCGUCGGUGUGGGAGCGUUGUAACGAUGGUGAACGAAGGCGAAGGGGAGGAACAAAGAGAAUUAUCGUGUCGACUUCUGAUAUGGCAUCCGGAAGGGAAAACUGUAGUGAUAAAGCUAAAAAUAGAGAAAAAGAGCCCACAGAGCACUCGUUUUCAAAGAGUCCGCAGAGCAAAAAGGUUAGCUUCGCGCCAUAGAAGUUAGCCUGUCCUAGUUUUUUUAAUGCUAAGUGCGUGACGAGCAAGCUCGUAAGGUGUGUGCUUUUUUUUUGCUUUUACCGAUCUUGAUCUUCUGUAGGGUUGACGCAGUUUUGUUAUUUCCAUUAUAUAUUCUACGACUUUCAUGAAUGUGAAUCACCUACCGAUAGUUGGUACCCCUAUUUGGUACUCUGAUUCUGGGGUACCCCGGAGCCGCAUCCUCCCUCGCUGGGUAUAAGCGAAUUCGCCCGUAAGGGUCCCGUCUCGGCGGAAUGGAAAAAAAGUUGGGUUUCUGGAUUUUAUGAUGAUAAUAACAUUUUAAUGGUAAAAUAAAAUCUUACCCGGCUACGUCCUUCCGCAUCAAGGAAGCAGGUGGUUUUCCAGACUGUUUCCACCUGAUGUUUCUCCUCGGCCCUACUACAUUCUACUGAUGCGUGUUGUGUGUUUAGUUUUACGUAUUCGUAAAGUACUUAUCAUCAUCGUCGUUCUUCGACAUGUUGAAGCAGAAGCCCCUGUUGAGCGGAAUGAUCUACAAUGGAUGAUGAACAAGCUGACAACAGGCUUUACUCC